UCUACGGAAACCAGUUACCGAUCACAUCAAAUGGAGAACACACAUGGAGUUGAACCCGUAGCAGGUCCAGGAGGUGGAGGAGGAGAGCCUUCUAUUCAAGAGAAGAAGCCUCGUCUCAACAAAUAUGCAUUUUGUUGCGCCCUCGUGGCUUCGACCAAUUCCAUUCUCUUGGGCUAUGAUAUUGGAGUGAUGAGUGGAGCGAUCCUUUAUAUAAAGGACCACAUGAAAAUCUCAAGAGUCGAAGAGGAGGUAUUGGUGGGUUCUCUCAAUGUGUGUUCUCUUAUUGGAUCUUUUGCCGCCGGCUCGACAUCCGAUGCGAUCGGCAGGCGAUACACCAUUGUCUUGUCGUCGGCCACUUUCUUGAUAGGUGCACUCCUUAUGGGCCUGGCACCCUCUUAUCCAUUCCUGAUGGCGGGAAGGCUGAUUGCCGGAAUUGGCGUGGGCUACUCGCUCAUGAUCGCUCCGCUCUACUCGGCCGAGAUCUCCCCGGCGUCGUCACGUGGCUUACUGGCAUCUCUCUCCGAAGUGUUCAUUGUUUUAGGUAUUCUUCUGGGGUACAUUUUCAACUAUGUACUGUCAGGACUGCCAGAGCACAUGAACUGGAGAAUCAUGCUUGGCAUAGCAGCAAUACCGGCGUUUUUCAUCGGCAUCUGUGUCAUCUUCAUGCCGGAGUCGCCUCGCUGGCUCGUCAUGAAAGGCCGACAAGACGAAGCAAAGAAAGCUCUGGGAAAAGUUUCCAGCAGCCCUGAAGAAGCUCAAUUGAGACACGACGAGAUACUGAAAGACCUUGAGGAUGCCUCUAGCAGACCCAAAGGAAUGAGGGUGUGGAAGGAAAUACUGUGGAAGCCCACUCCUCAAGUUCGCCGGAUUCUCGUCUGCGCCCUCGGAAUUAACUUCUUCAUGCAAGCAUCCGGCAACGACGCCGUCAUUUACUACACCCCGGAGGUGUUCAAGUCGGCCGGAAUUCACCAUAAGAAACAGCUGGUUGGGAUCACAGUGAUCAUGGGGCUAACAAAGACCGCAUUCGUUUUGGUGUCGGCGUUGUUCCUGGACCACUACGGCAGGAGGCUCCUUUUGUUAAUCGGCACUGGCGGGAUGAUCGUUGCACUAGGUGGGCUGGGGCUGGGGUCGAAGUUCCUCGAGAAUCACGAGGCUGGUCACAAGCCACAAUGGGCCAUCGUGAUAUGUGUGAUGUGUGUGUGCACGUUUGUUUCCUUCUUUUCGAUUGGGCUUGGGCCCAUUACGUGGGUGUACACGUCGGAGAUAUUUCCGACGAGGCUCCGGGCACAGGGUAACAGCCUGGCGAUAUCGGUGAACAGGUUGGUGAGUGGGACGGUGGCGAUGACAUUUCUGAGCAUAUCUCAUGCGAUAUCAUUUGGGGGAAUGUUUUUUAUUCUGUGUGGAAUAAUGGUGGUGGCUUUCGCUUUCUUUUACUUCGUGCUGCCGGAAACUAAAGGGAAGACGUUGGAAGAGAUUGGGGCACUCUUUGAGAAGGAAAAAGAUGGUGAUAAAAAUCGACAGUGAGUGAAUUGGAUAAUAGGAUUGGGCUUUUGGAGUUCAGAUAUCCAAAAAGUUUGAAAAAAGGGCAAUGGUGUCUAUAACACUAGUUAUAGGACAUGACGGCUGUGUAUAAUGGUUUAAUUUGUUAUAUUUAGUAACUUAUUGAGCCGUCGUGCUCACAUGAUUGAUGCUACUUCCAUUUCACCUUAUAU